AGGAAGUGCUUUCUCUGAUGCCAGUGUGCGUAAUCCGGACAGAGGGAAAACAAGACUUUUUGUUUCUACGUGGAAAACUUUUCUUUAGAAUUAUUUUGAUUCCUGCUGGUUUUGCGCGAUAAUCCACGCUAAUAAAGAUCAUGAAAAAACUGGAGUCCGUGAAGGCAAGACUCUGUACGUGGCUUUCAGAGGACCCUGAUUUUAUCCUCACCAAGUGUGGGAAUAUUUUACUCAUGAACGAGUUUCGGGAGGUACAAGAGCGAAGCAAUGCAUUAGAAAAGAUGGAAGUGCUUUUGAGUACAAUAAUUAAAAAGGGAGACGAUACCUGUCAAUCCUUCUUAGACAUCCUGGAGGAGAAUCAAGCGCACUACCAGCAACUGAAGCAGCUUUUCAACCCUGCACCUCAAAAGUCAGCUGCACCAACUGCGCACGCUGACAGUUGCAGUGUUGUUACCAUGAGAGAGAUAACAGAUGUAAAAUCAGAAACCCUCAACGUGGAGAUUAAAACGGAGAUGGAUCCACGGAGUUGGACAACUGGAACUGCUGUUGGACCAGUUCCCCAAAGAGAUUACACUGCUCUUAAUGGCAGUGUAAUCUGUGCUGACAAAAUAUCUGGUGUCAAUAGUGAUGUUCUAAACUUAUCAGUGUCUGUGAAAUCAGUGAAUACAGGUAGACGAGACACUGCCACCCCAUCAGUAGACGAGACACUGCCAUCCCAUCAGGGCCCGGCUGCCAAAAUGAUCAUUUCGAACAAGGUGAGACUCAUUGUCUGCCUGAGUGCGGGUCCAUCCUUCAUUUUGCAGAAUGUGCAACAAAAGAACAUCCUCUCACUUAGACAAUAUGGGAAUUUGAAAGAUCUCUCACAGCGAGAGGAAUUCGCCAUAGAGCUCAUCGACCAAGUGAUUAGCAAAGGUGAAAAGUCCUGCUCUCUUUUUCUUGAAGUUCUCAAACAGCCUGAUAUUCUUGAGAAUUAUCCGAAUCUCAACGAAAUCAAAUGGUGAUUAGCAGAAGUGGAAACAAUGUAUUAACAGUUAAGGUGAACAAGACAUGGGUGAUAUGAUGUUAUCUUGUCUUGUAUAUUUCAUUAUUAACUGUUAUUUUUUCUGAUGAAAAGUACAUAUUUGAAAUACAUCCUUUACGCAUAGUAGUAAGGAUGACACCCAAUAGUGUUUGCAUUUUAGGGGUUUUAGCUUACAAUUGGAAAAGGUUUUGGUAUUUUAAAUGUCCCCUAUUAUACUCUUUUUCAACAAUAUUUUAUAGAUCCUUAGAUAUAUACAAAACAUGCCUCUUUAUGCCUUUUAUUAUACAUUUUAGUUGUAC